CCAAGGAAGUAUCCGUGGCGCGCUUCCCCAAUUAAAACCCCCAUUCCCCGCCCCCGCAUUCUCUGGACCGCACGACCAUUUUGGAGAACGGAAUCAGGUCUAGGAGAUGACAGCCGGCGAGCACCACGUGGCGGAGGUGGAGAUGGAGGCGGUGGCCGAGGAAAGCAGCCACCAGCUUCGCCGUCGGAGGGGGGAGGAGGCGGCCGCCGGCGAGGGAGAGGCGGAGGCGAUGUCGAUGGAGAGGGUGUUCGACGAGAAGCCGGUGCCGACUUGGCGGGAGCAGCUGACGGUGCGGGCCUUCGCGGUGAGCGCACUCCUCGGGGUGAUGUUCAGCAUCAUCGUCAUGAAGCUUAACCUCACCACGGGUAUCAUCCCCUCCCUCAACGUCUCCGCCGGCUUGCUGGGUUUCUUCUUUGUGCGGACGUGGGCCAGGGUUCUGGAGAAGACUGGUUUGCUGAAGCAACCGUUCACCCGCCAGGAGAAUACCGUCAUCCAGACCUGCGUCGUCGCCACCUCCGGCAUCGCCUUCAGCGGAGGCUUUGGAAGUUACCUUUUUGCUAUGAGUGACACCAUUGCCAAGCAAACUACUGAAGAGAAUGAUGCACAAAACAUCAAGAACCCAAAAUUAGGAUGGAUGAUCGGAUUUCUGUUCGUUGUUAGUUUCCUUGGGCUAUUCUCACUUGUGCCCCUUCGAAAGAUCAUGAUCAUCGACUACAAGCUGACAUAUCCCAGUGGCACUGCAACAGCUCACCUGAUCAACAGUUUCCACACUCCUCAGGGUGCCAAGCUAGCAAAGAAACAAGUGAGAACAUUGGGCAAAUUCUUUGUAGUCAGCUUCUUGUGGGGAUUUUUUCAAUGGUUUUACACUGCCGGGGAUGAUUGUGGGUUCGCAGCCUUUCCAACACUAGGCCUCCAAGCCUAUGAGCAUAAGUUCUAUUUUGAUUUUUCAGCUACUUAUGUUGGGGUUGGAAUGAUUUGUCCGUAUCUUGUAAAUAUCUCUGUCCUCUUGGGAGGCAUUUUGUCAUGGGGAAUCAUGUGGCCUCUCAUUGAUGCUAAGAAAGGUGACUGGUACCCAGCAGGUCUAUCACCCACUAGUCUUCAUGGCUUGCAAGGAUACCGGGUCUUUAUAGCCAUUGCCUUGAUUCUCGGGGAUGGCCUUUACAACUUCUUUAAGGUUUUGGGCCGAACAAUCUCCACCUUCAUAUCACAAGUGAAGAGCAAAGGCAAUGCUGCAACACUUCCCAUUUCAGAUGACAGUUCUCCAAUCACGACAUCAGGUAUUUCCUUUGAUGACAGACGUCGCACCGAACUCUUUCUCAGGGAUCAAAUCCAGAAGCCAAUUGCAUUUGGGGGUUAUGUUGUUGUUGCUGCUGUUUCUAUUGCCACCCUUCCCCACAUCUUUCCACAACUCAAAUGGUACUACGUCUUGGUUGCCUACAUCUUUGCACCAGUGCUUGCCUUCUGCAAUGCCUAUGGUUGUGGCCUCACUGACUGGUCUCUUGCCUCCACCUAUGGUAAGCUCGCAAUUUUCACCAUUGGAGCAUGGGCUGGGGCCUCGAAUGGUGGAGUCCUUGCAGGCCUUGCAGCCUGUGGUGUCAUGAUGAGCAUCGUGUCUACUGCUUCGGACCUUAUGCAGGACUUCAAGACUGGGUACCUGACUUUGACCUCUCCAAGGUCCAUGUUUGUUAGCCAGGUAAUUGGCACUGCCAUGGGUUGUGUCAUUGCACCAUCAGUCUUCUGGCUAUUCUUCAAGGCCUUCAAAGAUAUUGGUGUGCCUGGAUCAGAAUACCCAUCACCUAAUGCACUGGUUUAUCGUAACAUGGCAAUACUUGGAGUUGAUGGAUUUUCAUCAUUGCCAAAGCACUGCCUCACCCUUUGCUAUAUCUUCUUUGGUGCUGCCAUUCUCAUCAACUUGCUGAGAGAUGUUGUUGGAAAGAAGGUGGCAAGGUUUAUACCACUCCCAAUGGCGAUGGCGAUACCUUUUUAUCUGGGAUCAUACUUUGCAAUCGACAUGUGUGUGGGGAGCCUGAUAUUAUUUGUGUGGGAACUGAUUGACAAGGCUAAGGCUGCCACUUUUGGGCCGGCGGUGGCAUCUGGUUUGAUUUGUGGUGAUGGGAUAUGGACUCUGCCCCAGUCGGUUCUUGCCCUUGUUCAAGUGAAGCCACCCAUAUGCAUGAAGUUUCUGUCAAGGAGCAUGAAUGCUAAGGUGGAUACCUACAUUGCAACAUUAUCUUAGGUUCCAUAGUUGAAGGACAGCAAGGUGGUAGAGAAAUAUGAUAAGCAGAUUUGGUAGAUUUGACGGGAAAUGAAGUAGAGGGUAAACAGGGAAGCAGAAUUAUACUAGAAUUUACUCCAUCUGUAAACCAUCUUAGCGUUGGGGGCAGCCUUCAAGUAUUACUGUAUCCGUUUCACGUAAGAUACACUGGAUUAAGGAGGAGAAUUUCAGAAUAAAUUUAAAUGUCAUAUAGCUCUCAGAUUAUGAUAUCGUAUCAACCAAAUGGCUUUGUAAAAUUAAAUACUUGUAUUCUGUCUCUUUAUUCUUAUUCUCAGCACUCCCAUGAGCAAGCUCCUUAAAUUAAAGAGGAUGGAGUCUAAUUUCACAAA